AUUGAGACAUCUGACCACUGCUGGGACAGCGACAUCGAGCUGGCUGUUAGCAUGGAUGCUGUUAGCAUGGUUAGCUAGCGUAGCCGGACUGUUUACAUUUCUGUGGUCGCAGUUUUUAUAUUAACUCUUUAUUGUUAUGUUUGUUUUGUUGCUGAUUUUAAAAACAAACAAGUGAGGCGAGACAUGUAGAGCGAGGUGGUGUCUCUGGGGAGGAGGUGGAGGACACAAAGACAUCACUGGACUUCCUGUGUCCAAACAGUAGAAGCUAAUAAUGGAGCUCUAAAGACGACCUGUGGCCCUUUGCUGCAUGUCACUCCCUCUCUCUCUCCCCCCUUCACACUUCCAUUCCACACUUCUGUCCAUUAAAGGCUGAAAAUGCCUCCCCAAGAAAUAAAAAAAAAUAAAAAAAACACUGACAUGGAGGCUCGCCAUCCUCUUCCUCCGGAGAGCAGCUGUGACAAACUGGCCAAAAUAACACGCUGCGUAGACGAAGACAGAGCCGAAGGAAUCUGACUUGUCUGUGAACGAAUAUCUGACAAAGGAAAACGCAGACAUUGUCAGAAGGACACGAUUCCUGAUGACAAAAUUCAAACUGGUCACCAGAGACAGAGACAGGUCAUCAGAAGCGGCCCACAGGGGUCAGUGUCAGGUCCCACAGGGGUCAGUGUCAGGUCCCACAGGGGUCAGUGUCAGGUCCCACAGGGGUCAAUGUCAGGGCCCACAGGGGUCCUCAGUUUGUGUAUCUCAGUGUGUGUAUAUCGCAGUGUGUGUAUCCCAUUCAGAGAAGACUGGAGGAGAUCAGUGUGAUGUCAUCACCUGGUCAUGUGACCUGUAAACCAGAGUAAGAGGAUUAUGGUCUCUUGGUGAGUCUCUGAGUUUUGCUGCUGUUAUUCACACAGGAGAAGAAGAAGAGACAAGUACUUGAUUGAUUGAUUGAUUGUUAGAUUGAUUGAUUGAUGAAGCCGACAGCGUGCACCGUGUUCCUGCUGCUGAUCUGCUGCGUCCGUCUGCAGAGAGUUGACUGCAGUCUGCCCGUCUUCACGCCAGCGUCCCCUCAGCUGCAGUUUGAAGUUUCACAGUCAGACAGCGUCACCGCUCUGAACAGGAAGAAUGGACCCAGUCGACUUCCUGGACUCUGUCGACGGCUGAAGAGACGCAGAGUCACCGUCCUGUGUAACCAGGAGAAGUUCUGUUGGAGGGGGCGGAGUCAGAGGACUAGGUCUGGCCAGGUGUGUCUCUGUCCGCGGGGCUCCAGGUGUCCACAUGUCUUUGUCCACAGUCUGUGAUCACUGCAGCAGUUCACAAUCAAUUAAAUUAUG